AUGAAAUCAAAACAAUCAUCAUCUAGUGUUGUUAGUGAUUCAGUUUCUGAUUUGAGUUCUGAAUUAUCAUUAAGAUCUGGAAAGGUACCAACAGUAACAAAAUAAGAAGAGUUGGCUUCUGCAAUAGAAUAAAAGUCAUCAGAGUCAGAGAAUAUAAAUGAAAUAGAAAAUCCUGAAGAAAUUCAUUCCCCUUUAGAAUUUAAAUUAGAUUUAAGUAUGAUUAUUUAGAAGAAUGGAAAAACAGAGGAAUUUUAUAAUUUAGUUCUAUAAAGUUAUUUGAGUAAACAAUAGAAACCAAAAGAAUAUUUAUCAAAAGAUGAUAAGGGUUUUGAUGAUGAAGAGAGAAUAAGAUUUUUAAAUUGGUUAAUUGAGAUUACAUAUGCAUAUUAAAUGAAUUAUUCAACAUUCUUUAUAGUUUGUUCUAUUUUGGAUGAAUAUUAAAAGAAAACUUAAAAGUAAUAUUUAGAUAUCUAAAAAUAAUAGUAUAUCAAGAGAUAACCUUCAUUUAACUGGUGUAAGUUGUAUAUAUUUGGCAUCAAAAUUUAAUGAUGUAAUACCAUUAAGAUUAGAUUAAGCAAUAGAUAUAUCCCAUAAUAGAUUAGGUCGAAGUAAGAUUUUGAAAAAAGAAUUAGAAAUUUUUGAAUGUUUGGAUCAUCAACUUAAUUUUUCUAAUGGUUUUUUAUUUUUAACAUUAUUAUUAAGACUAUAUUUGAGUAAGAUCAAAGAUAAAGAGAAUGAUAUUAUAGAGAUAGCAUAUUUUACAUUGAAGCUAUGUUGUUUUGAUUAUGAAUUAUAAAGUAAGUAUUAUUAGAGUGAAAUAUCAGCAGGUUGUUUAUCAUAUGCAGCAAUGCUUGUAAAUUCUAAUAAUUAAGGAAGAGUGAGUGGACAUAUAACUACUUCCCUUGUAAUAUAUUCAUAAUUAGUAUAUUAGUUAAAUCUAUUAAAAACAGUAAAUGUUGUAAAGGAUGAAUAAAUAGUAAUUGUUGGUGAACAUAUUGAAGCAUUAAUAGAUAAAUACUUUACUGAUAUUUAAUUUAGAGGAAAAAUCUAAAAAUUAAUAGAGUAUAACUAAACCUAAACUGAAUUGUUGAAAUCUUACCUAGAAAUUAGAAACUAUGAUCCAUGA